UCACAAUUACUACUGGAUGAUAGCCCACUAUCAACAAUGGAGGGUUAGCCCACACAAACCAAGAAUUCCGGCCUCACCGUCGUGGAAGCCGCGAAGCGUACAUUUCCCCCUUCACCCCUUCGCCUCUUCGCAUUGCCUUCUCGUGGCGAUGGAGUCCAACUCCGAUGAUCACCAGUCUCCGCCACUAGCCACCGCUACGUCUCCACCACCAGCCACCGCCGCGUCUCCACCACCAGCCACCGCCGCGUCUCCACCACCAGCCACCGCAACGUCUCCACCACCAGCCACCACUGCGUCUCCGCCACCAGCCACCACUGCGUCUCCACCGCAGUCUGCGCCUGACCAGCAACCGCCCCUAUCAAAGAGAGCACAGAAGAAGCUGCUGAAGCAGCAGCGGUUCGAGGCCAAGAAGGCGGAGAAGAAGGCACAAUUGAAGGAGCACAAGCAGAGGGAGGCUGAGCGGAAGCGGAGGGAAUGGGCGGAGAGGCUAGCGGGGAUGAGCGAAGAGGAGAAGCUGAAGCUGAUUGAGGAGCGGAAGAGCGUGAGGAGAGAGAGGAUGGAGAAGAGGUCCGAAGAGAAAGGGAAGAAGAUAGAGAGACUGACUAGAGCAAAAGAAAGCGGUCAGAAUUUCAUUAUCGAUCUCGAGUUCUCUGAUCUCAUGACCUCCAAUGAACUCCAUAGCCUCGUCCAACAGAUUAUGUACUGUUAUGCCGUGAAUGGAAGAUGUGCUUCUCCUGCACACCUUUGGUUGGCAGGCUAUCAAGGUGAAAUGCAAAACCUAUUGGAAAAAACACCAGGGUACGAUAAGUGGUUAAUUGAGAAGGAAAGCCGUCCAUAUAUUGAGGCAUUCGAAGAUCAGAAGGAAGAUCUUGUAUAUCUCACUGCCGACUCUGUGAACGUUCUAGAUGAACUUGAUCCAAAGAAGCUCUAUAUAAUUGGUGGGUUGGUGGAUCGGAAUCGGUGGAAAGGCAUAACCAUGAAGAAAGCAGAAGAGCAAGGGAUUCAAACAGCAAAGCUCCCUAUUGGAAACUACUUAAAGAUGUCGAGUUCUCAGGUCCUCACUGUUAAUCAAGUAGUAGAGAUACUUUUAAAGUUCUUGGAAUUGAGAGAUUGGAAGGCUUCAUUUUUCGAAGUCAUCCCUCAAAGGAAAAGAUGUGGGGCAGACUCUGAAGAUGUUGACGAUGAAGCAGAAGGGGAAGACAAUGCACCAGAAGAGGGUGAUGAUCACCAAGACAUGAAAAGACAGUGCAUUGAAGGAGUGUGCAAUAUAAACAGCUAAGUAAUCCAGUCUAGACGAUUGCUCUCUAGUGAAAUUCGGAUGAGAGAUUUUUUUUCAGGUUUCUUCCUUUCUGUAGCUUGAAAGUUUCUGGGAAAUUGGUCAAAUUGCACAAUACCAUACUUUAUGUUUUUGACAAUUACUUGAUAAAAUUCAAAAUCUACAAUUAGAAACAUCAA